AUGGGACGAUCCCAACGACUCUAUAUUUAUAUAUUAAUUGGUUUUUUUAUUUGGUUUAUAGUUUUUAUUAGUCAAAUUUUAUAUUUUUCAUCAUUUUCUGUUCAUAAUUAUUGUUGGUUUUCAUCUUGUAAAAAUAUUUUCGUUUCAUCUCAAGUUCCUCCUAACAACCAACAGAAAAUUUUAUCUUCCUAUGAAAAAUCUCUUCUAACACGUAUUCAUCAUCAACCUCUUUUACAACAAUAUGAAUCUCGUCAUGUUAAUUUUCUUCAUUUAAUUAAACCAUCAGUAAAACCAAAUAAAUAUUUAAUUUAUACAUGUAAUCAACCAUGUGGUGGUUGGGGUGAUCGUACACGAAAAAUAGUUGGUGCUUAUUUAUUAUCAUUAGCAUUAAAUCGUACAUUUCUCAUAAAUAUGACAUGGCCAUGUUCAAUAACAAAUUUAUUAGAACCAAAUUUUAUACAAUGGAAUCAAACAAUAAAUAAUCUUUCUCAACGAACAAAUCGUACGAUUGAUAAACUUACUUCAUCGGAUAAAGAUUAUGAUGAUGUUUUAUCAUGGAAACAUAUUGAUAUAAUCUAUUUUAAAGUUAAAGAUUUAAGUUAUUAUCGAUUAAUAUUAUGGCGUGAUGAUUUUUAUCGUAAUCUUGAUUUAAAUUAUGGUUUACAUCGUUCAAUAUUAUUUGUUCAUAGUAUAUUUACAUUAGUAUAUGAAUUAUUAUUUAAAUUAAAACCUCAUCCACAAUCUCAUAUGGAUGAAAUAGCAGAAAAAUUUUCUUUAAAUUCACUUCAAUGUGCACAUAUACGUAUUGGAAAAAAUCCAUCAAAUCCAAAUGAUGUUGUUUUUCCAAAACGUGAACAUAUGAAUACAAGUGUAAUAGGAUUUUUAAAAAAUAAUUCUAAAUCACAUGAAAUAAUAUUUGUUUCAACUGAUUCUGAACAAGUACAUACAUAUGCAAAACAACAAUUUCAUUCACGUUUAUUAACUGUUGAUGGUAUGAUACGUCAUAUUGAUCGAUCAGGAAAAAAAUUUGCUUGUCAUGGUUUAGAAAAAACUAUAUUAGAUUUUUAUAUGAUUUCACAAUGUCGUACAAUGAUUAUGAUAUCAUCAUUGUCUUGUUAUCAAUGUUCAUCAAUUAAUGGAACUAAUCCAAUCUGUGAAGAUUCAUUUCAGGGAGAUAUAGUUGGUAAACCAUCACUUCUUCAUACUCCAUGUAUGACUCAAUUACGUGACCGUAAAGGUUUCUUUCCUGCAACAUAUUGUAUUAAAUUAGUUGCUUACUCGGAUGACUCUAAGCCUAUUCAAUAUAUAUAUCGAACGUGUGGUCGAGAAGAAGCUGAUGAUAAUGGAAUAAAUCGUGUUAGUCAUUGUGGUUUUAUAAAACUUCAUUGGAUUCAUCCAUUUAGACGAUUUCGAAGUUGUUUACAUAUAUGUGAUAAAGAUGCGUGCAAUCAAGCUAAUUAUUUUAUUUAUUCAAUGUGGAAAAUUAUAUUUUGUUUUAGUUUAUUAUUUAUAAAUUCAUAUGAAAGCUUUAUAUAA